AAAAUCUGUGUUGGGGACAGUGUAAGCGUUUCUCUUUGGUAGACUGGUGGGAACCUGCUUGAGUAGUAAACUAAGGCGAUGCUUGUUAUUUAAGUGAAGGUUUGCGGAUGUGGUAGAGGUGCAAGGGCAUCUUGCAGCUGCACCAAUUUUGGUGUUUGUACCGGACACUCAGAUGGCUCAUGGAGGUCAGUCUGCACCAAAUGAUGGCUGUGUUGAAGGUGUCAGUGCCUCAACCUCACAAACACCUAAUGAUGAGUCUCCAGAUGAAAAAGAUUCUGUGGAUGGUGCUACCAGUACUUUUGUGAACUCUCAAGAGGAUAGAACAGAUGCUACAAACACAGCAAAUACAAGCACUGGUGAUGCUGCUGUCAAUUCGCCCAUUGCAGUACCUGGUCAGAAAAUAGAUUGGUCCAUCUAUAAAUCAGAAGUAGAACGCCUCAAAACAUUCCGCAACUGGUCAGUUUCCUUCAUGGACAAAGAAAAACUAGCUGCUGCUGGAUUUGUGUAUUACUGGGGCAGUGAUGGUGUGAAGUGUGCUUUUUGUCACGCUGAAAUUGGACAUUGGGUUAGGGGUGAUGAUCCAUUCCAGGAACAUAAGAAAUGGUCUCCCACAUGUCCUUUUGUAUCUGGGUUUGAUGUUGGUAAUGUACCAAUAGAUGAAUCAACAUUACCAUUUCGGCCUCAGAAAAAUCGUGCUUGUGAUACCUGUGGAAUAUUUGGAAUGGAUGCUCCUGCACCUGGAGAGCUGAUGGGUGGUUUGUCAGAAACUAUGGAGAAGCUUGGAAUUGCAUAUAGUUCCAAGCCCUUGUGGCCAGAGUUUGUCACAAUUGAUUCAAGACUGAAAACCUAUGAGAAUUGGCCUAUUUCCAUGAAACAAAAGCCUGAAACACUAAGUGAAGCUGGCUUUUUUUAUACAGGUAAAGGUGAUCAGACUGUUUGCUUCCACUGCGGAAAGGGUUUGAGGUACUGGGAAGAGCAUGAUGACCCAUGGAUUCAGCAUGCAGUUUGGUUCCCACGGUGUGGCUAUCUUGUAAUGGCAAAAGGAAAAUCAUUUGUGGAUCACAUUCAGCAGAACAAAGCAAAACUAACUACAGCUGAGGGCCAAGCUAACCUUGGGAGGCAGAUGUCUGAUAUUUCAGCCAACAGAAAACAAGUAGAAGAAAAUGCCAUUAUUGGUUCAUCCAAGGAAUCUCACAUACAUUUCUGUAAAAUCUGUGCUGAAAGAGAACGUGGACUGGUGUUUCUUCCAUGUGGCCAUGUGAUUGCAUGUGUGGAAUGUGGCCCCUCCCUUUCUGUGUGCCCUGACUGCAACACAGAAAUAUCAGCAAAAAUGCGUGCUCACAUUGCAUGAAGUCAAAGGAAUGUUUGUGACAGUCUCCCAGUGCAGGAUUUUCACGAAUUUGCAUAAGUUAUUACUUGUGAAGAGAGAGACAUUUUUCUAACAGCCUGCAACAAAUUUUGCAGCACUAACUUUUUAGUAUUUACAGCUAGAUUUUGAAGGCUGUACUGAUGUUCCUUGGUUUGAUAAAAUUGUGUUUUUACUGAGUUUGUGUGUUUGUGUGUGUGUGUGUGUGUGUGUGUGUGUGUGUGUGUAGCAAACUUUGGACUGGUAGUUACAGCAGUCAGUUUUACCAGCCAGCUACUUUCAUAUAGUUGACUUGGAACUGGUACAGUAUUUGGAAAAAAAUGUAUUUUUUGAAUAAAAUUAAUAAAAACGUGUGUGUGCAACCAG